AUGGAAGCGCUGGGCGCCAGGUCCCGGCGGACCACGCGCCGCUCCCUUCACCGGAUCGGUGAAGCGCGUGAGGAAGACGGGGAAGUGCGGGUCGCCCUACGGCGGCGCACCUGGAGCAGCCCCGGCCGCAAGGCGCCGAAAGACGAGGAGGAGGUGUCACGCGCCACGCCUAGCUCGUGCCCGAGACCCAGGCGCGCUCUGGAGAAGAAAGAGGAGAAGGAAAAGGAGGCUGCGGGGCAAAGAGCCACACCCACCUCCGGCCAGUACCCCCGGGACAAGGAAAAGGAAGCGCCAAGCACCCAGUCCCGGCGUGCCCGCAGCAGUGGCCGCAGGAGCGCUCCAGGAGAGGACGAGGAAGUACGGCGUUCCAGGCCUGGGCGGCCCGAGCACAGCGCCAGCAGCAAUGAACAGCAGGGCCCGGAGGAUGUGCUGGCCAAGCGCAGCGCCCAGGGCCGGAACGCCCCGGAGGAGGACGAGGCGGAGGGCCCGAGGCCCUGUUCCCCAGGCGCCAAACAAAGCUUAAGGAAGUACACCGGAGACGAAGAGGAGCAGGCUUGGAGCUCCAGCUCCCUACGCCCCAAGCUCGGCCCUAGCGGGGACGCCAAACUUCGGGACGCUGCACCAGCCAGCGCCAGAAGCAGCACUGGAAAGAACGCCCCGGGGGAGAAGGGGGCGGGCACCAGGCCCCGGCGUGCCAGGAGUGGCGCCGGCGGGGAUGCGAAAGUGCGCGAGCAAGAGAAGCCCGUAUUGGGCUCCAGGGCCCGGAGGCGGGCGUCCGCUCCGGUCAAGUACGCGGUUGGAGGGGAGGACGAGGAGACGCCACGCACCAGAGACGUUACGCGCCGGGUGCGGGAUGGCACGUCCGGCAACUUAGGCGAGGAGGCGUGGGGAGAGGAGGGGCUGGUGCGGAAGACGCGGCGGCCAGCGCCGGGCCCGAGCGGGGACGCUGGAGGCUAUGGGCAGGACCCCAGCGCCCGGCGCGCCACGACUAGUAGUACUACCAGGGAUGAGUCCCCUCCAGCCUCCUCCGAUAGGAAAGAGAGGGGCGCAGAAGAGACAGGAGAGGAGGAUGAAGACUGUAAGAUGGUCCAGCAGCUGCUCAGACUGAAGGAUCAGCUUAAACAACAGCUACUGGAAUAUAAGGCAGAGGUCGAAGCAAGUGAAGAGAGUCCUACAGAAGAACUCACAGAAGGCGACUUACUUCAGAGGAUUGAAGAUGUAGAAAAGAAAAUGGAAGAGGUGAAAAUUGAGUUAGAAGUGAAAACUCUAGCUUUAAAAAGGGUCCAGGUUGCACAUGCCCUUCAGAAAAAACUGGAAAAAAAGGACAGUGAAUCUGAAUCAAUCUUGGCAAUUUUGAAAAGCAUUUUAACUCAUAAUAAUUCAAUACUGAAAGCUCAGCAGCAAUCUCGGGACCUGGAGGAGAAAAUGCUUGAAGUUAAGAAGAAGAGAUUAAUGUUUAAAAAAGCUGGGGAAGAAAAGCUACUAGAAAUACAAGCUGAGAAUAAAAAGAAAAAAGAUGAAUUAAAUCUCCUGAAAAAUAGUGCCUUGUUAACUAAAAUGAAGAAAAGUCUACAAAAGGAGAUAGAUGCAACUACCAUUAUUCAAAACGUUUUUCAGCACAUCGUAAUGGCAACAAAGAUCGACUGGGCAGCAGAUCCAGCUUUGGAGGCCCUUAUUUUACAGCUUGAGAAAAAUUUAAGUUUUGUUUGAAUAGUUCUGCUUGUUUACAUGCAAUUAAGUAGUAAAUUUCAGAAAAACUGUAUUUUUGGCUCUAUUUGAUUAAUUCAAACUCUUUAAAACAUUUGUUUCAGUAACACUAACUUCAGAGUCAUUCUGUGUCAAUUAUUAAAAUGACAUUCUUAUCACAGAAUUUGGGGUCUUUUAAGUAAGAAGCAUGCCUAAAGGUCAAGUCCAACUUCUUAUCUAAUAUGGGAACCCUCUCUAUACUAUCGGUGAAAAAUGGUCAUCUAGUUAUUGUUUGAACCCUUUCAGUGACUAAGCAUUCACUACCUCAUUAGACAAUCUACUCCGUAUCUAAAUAGCCCUCACUGUUAUUCCUUUAUAUAGUGUUCAUUGAUUAGUAUUCUAGAAAGUAGUGGUUAUGUCCUACUUUAAAAGCAGUGUAUUUUCUAAAAUACUGAUC